AUCUGGGAGACGUGUUUUGUGAUGCACCGAGAGUAGAACGUUUAGGGUUUUUACAUAAUUUUGUGUUUCGGUAUUUACUCUUGCAUUUGAAUAGAGACGAUUCAGAAUGGCAGAGGAUGUUCAGAAGCACUCUGUACACACACUGGUGUUCAGAUCCCUCAAGAGAACGCACGACAUGUUUGUGGCAGACCACGCCAAGCCCAUAUCUAUGGAUGAAGAGAGCCAUAAGCUGAAGAUGGCUGCCAAGCUGCGUGCAGAGUACGGGGCGGUCCUCCACCUGCCGUUUCUGAAGGAGGGGAAGGAGAAGGCCGCGCAUCACAUGACCGACCCUUACGGACAGCAGGGUUACGAAGCACGGCCAGAUAUGGAUCCAGAGUAUCUCAUCACCGGGACUCAUCCUUACCCCUCGGGACCAGGAGUGGCUCUGACAGCUGACACACAGAUGCAGAAGAUGCCCACUGAAGGCGGAGUUCAGUCACUUGCACUUGCACUGCCUCCAUCACAAGCAAGGCAGGACGCCGGGCGCACCGCGGCCAGCGUGGCCGACAUCCACAGACACGCUGGGGGCGGCGAGCGGUCGCAGCCCCCGAUGCACAGCAUGGCUAUCAUGGAGGCAGGAGGAACUAAGAAUUCGGCCCUGAUGAGGAAAGCCCCGACCAUGCCCAAACCACAGUGGCACCCUCCGUGGAAGCUCUACAGGGUUAUCAGCGGCCAUUUGGGAUGGGUGAGAUCGAUCGCAGUGGAGCCAGGGAACCAGUGGUUUGUCACCGGCUCAGCUGACAGGACCAUUAAGAUCUGGGACCUGGCGAGCGGAAAACUGAAGCUCUCUCUCACGGGACACAUCAGCACUGUCCGCGGAGUGGCCGUCAGCUCCCGUAGCCCCUACCUCUUCUCCUGCGGAGAGGACAAGCAGGUCAAGUGCUGGGAUCUGGAGUACAACAAGGUCAUCAGACAUUACCACGGACAUCUGAGUGCUGUGUACGACUUGGACCUGCAUCCCACUAUUGACGUGCUGGUGACUUGUAGUAGAGACUCUACUGCAAGGGUGUGGGAUAUCAGGACCAAGGCCAAUGUCCACACCCUGUCUGGACACACCAACACAGUGGCCACAGUUAGGUGCCAGGCUGCAGAGCCCCAGAUCAUCACAGGAAGUCACGACACCACCAUCAGGCUGUGGGAUCUCAUAGCCGGGAAGACCAGAGCUACACUGACCAAUCACAAGAAGUCUGUCAGAGCCCUCGUCCUGCACCCCAGACAGUACACGUUUGCCUCUGGCUCUCCGGACAACAUUAAGCAGUGGAAGUUCCCCGACGGGAGCUUCAUCCAGAACCUGUCCGGACACAACGCUAUCAUCAACACGCUGGCGGUCAACUCUGACGGAGUGCUGGUGUCCGGAGCUGAUAACGGGACCAUCCACAUGUGGGACUGGAGGACGGGCUACAACUUCCAGCGCAUCCACGCCGCCGUGCAGCCCGGCUCCCUGGACAGCGAGUCGGGCAUCUUCGCCUGCAUGUUCGACCACUCGGAGAGCCGGCUGAUCACCGCCGAGGCCGACAAGACCAUCAAAGUGUACAGAGAGGACGAUACCGCGACUGAAGAAUCCCACCCGAUCAACUGGAAACCAGAGAUUUUGAAGAGGAAGAGAUUUUAAAGCUUAACAUUAGCAUGCCGCUUUUGUUGUCAUUUCAGCAAAUGCUCCCCGUUUUUGUUGAGUUGAAAAUGGCGAUAGUCCUUGCUGUUUCUGCUGUAUAUU